AUGAACACGGCUACCAACUUCCUGUCCAGGUUUGCAGUGCCUCUGGGCAUUGGCGCCCUUGCUGUCCAGGCCAGCAUGUAUGAUGUACCAGGUGGAUACCGUGCCGUGAUGUUCGAUCGCUUCACUGGUGUGAAGGACAAGGCUACGUCUGAAGGCACUCAUUUCUUGAUUCCCUGGCUCCAGCGCGCCAUUCUCUACGACGUGCGUAUUAAGCCGCGCACCAUUUCCACGACCACUGGUUCGAAGGAUUUACAAAUGGUGACGCUUUCUCUGCGUGUGCUCUCGCGCCCAGAUGUCUCCCAUCUCCCUAAGAUUUACCAGUCACUGGGUCUGGACUACGAUGAACGUGUACUUCCCUCGAUUGGUAACGAAGUCUUGAAAGCUACCGUGGCGCAAUUCGAUGCAGCUGAGCUGAUUACCCAGCGUGAAGUGGUCAGUGCCCGCAUUCGUGAGGAUUUGUUGAACCGCGCGCGUGAGUUCAACAUUGUGUUGGAGGAUGUCUCUAUCACGCACCUUACCUUUGGUCAGGAGUUUACCAAGGCUGUGGAACAAAAACAGAUUGCGCAACAGGACGCUGAGCGUGCCAAGUUCGUCGUCGAGAAGGCUGAACAGGAACGCCAGGCCUCGGUUAUUCGUUCGGAAGGUGAAGCCGAGGGUGCUGCGCUCAUUACGAAGGCUUUGGACAAGGCUGGUGAUGGUCUGCUGACGGUCCGUCGUAUCGAGGCGGCUCAGCAGAUCGCCAAGACGCUGAGCUCGGCAAAGAAUGUGACAUACCUGCCCUCUAGCAGCGGCAAUAUUCUGCUAGGUGUGAACCAGCAACCGUGA